UCAAUAUCAGAUUCGCGCUCGACUAUUCCUCGCUACCUAUUCAAAUGCUACUCACCUUCGUCAGGUAGUAGAUGCUCAACUAGAUUCAUUGGCCCAAGAGCCCGACCAACCACAUUCGGUCCACACACCCAAGAUAUCCUUGAAUGCCACUUGCGAUGGGGCAAACAGAUAAGGUCGGAAUUUGCGUCUUGGACCAACUCCAUCUUGGUGGCGCUCGUCUAUGCCAUUCGGAAACUAGAAGGACAAGAUUGGCGUGAUCCAACCGGAGAAGGCAUAUGUAUAGCCGUGCUCGAUACCAGCACUGUACCAGAGACUGUCCCCAUAUAUCCAGCCGGGACCCUCAUGAAGACUUUCGGACUUCCGGACGAUGCACCUUACAAACGCUACAAUCAUUCAUGGGAGUUUUUGAUGCAUGGUAGGGUUAGAAACACACCUUGUAUACAGCGAUACAGUGUGGUCGCCGUCCAGGAUUUCAUCGACAACAAUUUCUACCAGGUUUUCGAGCCUUUUCAGAAUCCUGACCAAAGGUUGUGGGCACGUAUGGACGAGCUGCGCAAAGAGCUAUGGAGCGAAAAUACUGGAGUUUCCGACAUGGACAGGAUAGCAGACAUGGCCAACGAAUUUCAUGUUGAGUUUCAGCUUCCUGUUGCUCUGGCACUCGCAGCAAUGUUAAAGAUUGACACAACUUGUGUCGACAACAUCAAGCUACUCGCUGAAGAGGAUUUCAAGCACAUGAAAAUCCCAUCUUCAUACUCGGCUUGUCCUGUAGACUCAUCCUUCCGGUCUGAUUACUACGAGGAUACACGCUUUUACACACUCUUGACAGGUGUUUACAAACAGAGACUUGUGUCAGAGCAGACCGAAUCCAUUUCCUCCAUUAGAAACACUGCAAUCACCAACUCAACCUUAGCCCAUGAGGCCAACAACCAACGUAAAGACAGUUUGGUCGCUCCUCCGAGUUCUGCCAUCCAAGCGGAGUCCUUGCGUCAGUACUUCCCUCCAUCAACAAUGAUCCACUCAAGCUGA